GCGCGCGGCUGGGGGAGGGGCCGCCAUUUUGUCCGGAGUCUCCCGGCCGGGCCCUAGGGGAGGAGCCUGACAGAGAGACAGAGGAUCCGGCAGGGCUGGGCGAACCGUGUGUUACCGAGCCGCCCUCCCUCCCGCCCUGUGACCGGGCCGAACCGUGUGUUACCGAGCCGCCCAGUGACCGGGCCGUACCGAACCGUGCGUUACCGAGCCUCCCGCCCAGUGACCGGGGCGCACCGUGUGUCCCGCUCAUGGCGAAGAAGACGUACGACCUGCUGUUCAAACUGCUGCUGAUCGGGGACUCCGGGGUGGGCAAGACCUGCGUCCUAUUCCGCUUCUCGGACGAUGCCUUCAACACCACCUUCAUCUCCACCAUCGGAAUAGAUUUCAAGAUCAAAACAGUGGAAUUACAAGGAAAAAAGAUCAAAUUACAGAUAUGGGACACCGCCGGACAGGAGCGAUUCCACACCAUCACCACCUCUUAUUACCGAGGGGCCAUGGGAAUCAUGUUGGUGUAUGAUAUCACAAACGCCAAAAGCUUUGAGAACAUCAGCAAAUGGCUCCGAAAUAUAGACGAGCAUGCCAAUGAGGAUGUGGAGCGGAUGCUGCUAGGAAACAAGUGUGACAUGGAGGACAAGCGGGUGGUUCCCAAGGCAAAGGGAGAGCAGAUUGCCCGGGAGCAUGGAAUUAGAUUUUUUGAGACUAGCGCAAAAGCAAACGUAAACAUUGAGAAGGCAUUCCUCACGUUAGCGGAAGAUAUACUUCGAAAGACUCCAGUUAAAGAACCCAACAGUGAAAAUGUAGAUAUCAGCAGCGGCAGUGGCGUCACGGGCUGGAAGAGCAAAUGUUGUUGAACGUCUUUGUUUGCGACCUUCACCCUCCACCACUUCCCCCUCCCAGCACCCACCACCAUCCCAACACCUUUACACGCAACAUAAACCACUUUACCCUCUUCCCACCCCUCCAUUUUAACCUCUAAAGUGAAUGUUCCCCUUUCCAUCAGGUAACACAUCUACCAACCUCUCCAUUUAAUGAAUGCUUGCUGAUUUAUUUCUUUUCUUAAAAAUGUAUAGAAAGUGGAAGAAGCCCCAUCAUUGCGCACAGACCGUGUCAAGGAAACAUGUUUGUGACAUAUAUCAUUUUAAACUGACCCAGUCACUACAUUUUGCUUGUAUUCUCGUAUAGCCCUCUUCUGUUCUCACGACUAAUGUGGAAAAAGAGCCACCAACAGCAAUUAUUUACAACUUCUGGAAAUAAAUUAAAAAAACAAAAAAACUUGUACAACAAUAAAGGUUAGAAUUAAUCCUU